CCCGGUUUAUAGACUCCCGUGCUGUUUCGAGAGCAUGCGAUGCACCCAUCUUUACGCUAGGGCUGAGAUGCAGAAUUGGCGGAAUGCCGCCAAUAAGCUGCUCUACGCCAUCCUUCGAAGCGCCGAGGCUGAGUUGCAGCAAGGCUCAAAUCUCGCCAGCUCACCGGCUUGUCUUCGCAGCGGGGUGGCUCCGAUCCUGCUCUUCUCUUAGCUUCAACCGAUUGCCUGCGGUGCUUCAUGUUAUUCUUUAUGCUCGAGGAUGUGUCGGAUCGAAGACCAUGUUUACGUCGACGCA